AUGUUCUUCUACGAUUGUUUAAUAAUUUCGUUUGUCUUGUCUACUUUACUAUCAGCAAUAAAUUGUCAUAAAAUAGAAAAACUAUCCAGAAAGAAAAGAUAUUUGACAUUUCCCGAAGGUUCUACAUUUUCGGCUGCCCUUUGUCUUACAGCCCAAACAAUAGGGCCUGCCGAAAUUUUCACUGAAGCAGUGGCGUGGGGCAUUGCGUACGAUCUUCCCAAUGACACAUCAAAAUUUAAAUCCUUCCUGUACCCAAAGGCAGCCCUAAAAAGGCGCCACCGUAGAGACCUCUACCAGAGAUUAGAAAAACUAAUGAAUUCAAUGGGGUUGGAAGGGAGGUCGUGUAUCUUUAGAACGUUAUGCGAAGUAGGACAGACCCUUGCAGAUCGAAGGGCUAAUCUAGUGGAAGAAUUCUUGUACAUUUUAUUCCAAUUUCCUUUGGAAAAUCUUUCAUUACUGGAGCAUGACGAGUCAUGGCAAUAUUACUGGGCUUUUAAAAAAGGAAAAGAAGAGAAGAUCGAAUCAAAUUUGGAGCACCAUUCUCGCCAGAAAAGGUAUCUUGUGUUUCCUGACGGCGCCAGUGUUGCGAUAUCCGUUUGCACCCAAGCGCAAUUGAUUGGACCAUCGUUUCUGACCGAAGCUGUAGCAUUCGGAAUGGUCUACGAUCUACCGAAUAAUUCACAAGAAUUAAAGCCCUAUCUUUACCCAAAAUUUCUUUUGAAAAAAAGACAUCGAAGAGAUCUUUAUAAAAACAUAGAAGCAAUAAUAGAUUCAAUGGGUUAUGAUGGACGGACCUGCGUAUUCAGGGCUCUGUGUGAGGCUAGCCAAAAGUAUUUCUUCUCUCCAAAGAACAUCAUUGAAAAAAUGCUAUCCAUCAUAUUUAAAUUUCCUCAGAAACACAUUGCGGACAUUGAACCAGAAGAACAUUUACUAUAUCACGAAGCUUACAAAAAUGGCCGAAGCGGCGACCACAGGCCAUGUCAAGUAAUGUAUCCUAGCUGCAGCUUUUCUCUGCUCGAAAUGGCUUUAGGAGAUUAUUCAGCUUUUGGUUAA